AUGGCGCUCUUCGACCACUUCCACAACGUCUACGACGUCGCUUUCAAGCCUCGCUUGCUUCGGACCCUCCUCAAGGGCCACGUUCCCGACCAAAACCAACCUUUGCGGAGCCCUUCCGAGCUCUCCAUCGUCCUUUCGGCCAUCAAAACUCACCAGGCUCUUGUCCGAAUCCGUCACGGAAUACAUCAAUCAGAGUUUGAGAUGUUGGAGCCUUUGGAUGCUAGUGCAUUGGAGACUCCUUUUAUGGAAGAGGAGGUAUUUGACGCUCUAGUGGGCUGUAAUGGGGAUAAAGCCCCGGGGCCAGAUGGAUUCUCUAUGGCCUUUUGGCUUUUUGCUUGGGAUUUCGUAAAGGCUGAUGUGAUGAGCUUCUUUAAGGAAUUUUACGAAAAUGGCAAAUUUGUUAAAAGCCUAAAUGCAACAAUCAUGGUCUUAAUUCCAAAAAAAGCAGGGGUUGAAGUUUUAAGGGAUUAUAAGCUUACAAGCUUGGUGGGAAGCUUGUACAAGUGGCUGGCCAAGGUAUUAGCCAAUAGGCUAACAAAAGUGGUUGGAAAGGUGGUCUCAAAAGCUCAAGGGGCGUUUGUGGAAGGUAGACAAAUCCUAGAUGCAGUGUUGAUAGCCAAUGAAGCCAUUGAUUCGACCCUUAAGAAUAAUGAGAGCGGCAUUUUGUGCAAAUUGGAUAUAGAGAAGGCGUAUGAUAAAGUGGACUAG